AUGGAUAAUUAGAUAUAAACAAUUAGAUAAUUAUAAUUAACUAUUUAAUUAGCUUCAAAUGAAAAUAAAGAACUAAGAGAGAAAUGGUUACUAUUAAAAUAAUAAUAUGAUCCAGAAUUAGAUACUAAAAUAUCUAAUCUUGAAAAGACAGUAUUAUUUUAAUAGUCAUAAAUUUCAUAAUUAUAAUAAGAGAAGCUAAAGAGAAGUAAUAUAUAAGAUUGGAAUGAUGAAGAUGAAUAUUAUUAGCUUUAAUAAUUAAAUGUUAAAAUAGAAGAAUAAAAUUAACAAUUGAUUAAAUACUAAGAAAAUGUUUACUAAGUUUAAUCAUAAAUAAGAAAGUGUUAAGAAGAAUUGUGUGAUUUACAAGAGAAUGAAAAAAAAAAUAAAGAAGAUAAUUAAAUAUUUAAAAAGAGAGCUAAUGAGAUGGAAAAAUUGUUGUAAAAAGUUAGAGGACAAGAACCAUUGUCUUUAUCAUAUAUCAACGAAAUCGAUAGAUUGACAAUAAAAUUAUAGUAAUUGCAGAAAAAUCAAAUUCAUUCAAGAUUAACUUAUUAAAGUUGA